AUGUUUGUAUUGUAUGUUGUUGCGGUGAAAUGGGUGCUCAUUUUACAGCUUGUGGCUGCUUGUGUUGCAUGUGUGCUUCCUCAGUUUGAAGGCGAUUCAAUUUCUAGGGUACAAUCACAACUUCAUCAUCAAGAGGGUAGGGUGCCCGGAACAUCUCCUACACGCCAUCCUAUCUCUGCACACCAAGUCAUCUAUGAACUCAGAAUAUAUUCACUUGAGAAGGCAACGUUUGGUUUGGUACUUAUCUCAAGGACAAUCAGAGCUAUCCAUUGUUUGACAUCAAUCCAGUUUUCACCAACUUCUGAGCACAUCUUGCUUGCUUAUGGGAGGUGUCAUAUCUCUCUUCUGAAAAGCAUUGAUACCAAUGGAGAUGCAUCUUUAUCCAUUUACAUAGUUUUAGAGGUAUAUAGAGUUUCGGAUAUGGAAGUGGUGAGUGUGCUUCCCACUGCAGAAGAUGAGAUGAAUGUGGCUUGCUUUCACCCUUUCUCUAGGGGUGGUAUUGUCUAUGGCACAAAGCUUCAAGAGGAGGCUCCUUUGGCACUCAAAUGUAUUGAUAAAUGCAAAGAAGGGGGAUUUGUUGAGCUAUUUAUGACUAAGAUUGAUUUUCCUACUAAAUUUGACUAUUGCAUGAGAUUGAACUUAAAGGGGAAGUCUGAAGUUUUCUAUUGA